AUGGAGAAGAACGCUAAAAUUGUCAUCAUCGGGGCCGGAAUAUUUGGGCUCUCUACAGCCUAUCAGCUUGCGUCUGAAGGUCACCAAAACAUCGUCGUUCUCGACCGGCACAUGCCACCAGUACCGGAUGGAUCUAGCUCUGAUAUCUCGAGGGUUGUUCGCUUUGAUUAUGCCGAUGACGACUACCUUGACCUUGCCUAUGAGGCCUAUGUGAAGUGGCGGGACGAUGUUAAAUACAAAGGCAUCUUUGAACGCGCUGGAUAUAUCCUUGCCGGCGAGACUAAUGGCCAGGAAUGGAUUACCAAGACGAUGUCUGCACUUAAAAAGAAGAAUUUGCCAUGGAAAAAGCUUGAAAAUGCUGCAGCGGCGAAAAAAGAAUAUCCUAUGCUAUCAGGAGAGCUUGCGACCCCAGGGUUUUUCGGUUAUCACAAUCAACAGGCUGGGUGGGCGGACGCCGCCAAAGCAGUUAGCCAGCUUCGAGAUGAUUGUUUCGAACUUGGUGUUUCCUUCAUCGCUGGUCGAAGCGGAACUGUGAUUGAUUUCGAAACUGAUUCGAAAAAAUCUAUUAAGGCUGCUCUGACACUUGAUGGUAAUCGAGUAAUAGGUGACCAUUUUAUUUUGUCGACCGGGGCCUGGACUUCGGGCCUAGUUUCUAUGUAUAACUCUGUCUUAUCGACAGGACAUGUCAUCGGAUAUAAGAGAUUCAGAAGUACGAAAGUCUUCCUAUCUAUGCAAACUUCUCGACUGGAUGGUUUAACUUCCCCCUCCCACCGAGAUACCGGCAUGCUAAAGAUGGCAAUCCAUGGAUGGGGAUACACACGUACCCCUAGAAAAGAAGAUCUUACUGCUGUUCGAUCCAAUAUUUCGUCUCCGCCACUUAUUCCGCCUCGAGAACGACGAAACUUUGUCCCGCGGGACGGUGAGGCCCGUUUACGAGAAGGUCUGCGCGAGAUUCUUCCAGAACUGGCUGACAGGCCAUUCCAUAAACUUGCACUCUGCUGGUACACGGAUACCCCAAGUGGCAACUUCAUCAUGGACUAUCAUCCAGAUUAUGCCAACCUAUUUGUCGGAGGAGCUGGCAGUGGACAUGCGUUCAAAUUUCUUCCUGUACUUGGGAAAUACAUGUCACUUGCCCUGAAGAAGAAGCUACCUGAACAGCUUGCGCAAAAAUGGCGCUUCCGAGAGGAGUACGCAUCGCAGACCGACACAUUUCUAGGCGAUGGCAGCCGCGGAGGACCGGCUAGACGAGAAUUGGACACUGAGGAAAAGGCCAAGCUGUAG